GAUCUGGGUCCACUCCGGCCGGACUCGAUGUAAUUGUAACCGAAUAGUAGGGCUAUCGCAGUCCCACAUCAAUCAAAGAAACUAAUCUGAGAAUCAGUAAAAGUGUUUGCGCAUUUCAUAACCAGCCACAUCCGGCUCAUAGAGCAGACUUAAGUCUGGGCAUAGGCCCGUAUAACUCACAAUAUGUAACCCAAUUAAUCACUGUAUUACUUGAACAAUGGUAAGUUAGGCUGGCCAAUAGAAACCACAACCAUCCAACUCGAUUCGUAGGAUGGAUCCCCCAAAGAAGUUUAUUGUUAUCGUUUCGUUUUGCGUUCAGUUAUAGUUAUAGUUGAACAUAGCGUAUACAAAUAUAAUUACGUAGUUGAAUUGUGCACUUUAGUUGAUUUAAAAUAGAUUACUAGUUAACCAUUAGAGUUUCGGGUGACACCAUCUAAAGAUGGAUUCACCGCGAACCUUAAGGGUGUGUUGAAUGGAUUUCGAGAUGGAAACUCCAUCCGAAAGUGUAUCAUUCAGCAAGCCCAGUAAAGUUAUUUGUUUGCCCUCCCUUAGUUUAGUUUAUAAUAUUCUUUUUACGGUUCGAUUUGAGUUGGUUUUUGAAUUGAAAACGAAAAUACCCAGCAUAUUUGCAUACCCUUAACUUAUGUAUGACUCCAUACCCAUCCAUACUUAGUUAUAUAGCUAUUAUUAUAAACACAUCAUAAUCCACUCGCUAUUGUUUGUGUGUCUAUUUGUAUUUAGUAAUGAAAGAAAAAAAAACAAAUACGAAAAUCGAAACAAGCCGCAAGUCAAACAAACAAUUGUGUUUUUGAUUCGGUGGCCAAUUCGACUUUUCCUACCCGUACAUUACGAUAUUUGUGUUUCAAUGUUACCCACUUAUAAUUUGCUUUCAAUGUUUUCGUUUCGAAAAGUGACUUAACCAAAAUAAGGAAAACAAACAAAAAAGAAAAAAAAAUAAGAAAAAUUUGUUUACUUCAAUAAGAGUAGUUUACACGCAGUGGUUGUCUAGUGGGACUGUACAUUGUCAGCUUGCCGUUGAUGUGGGCCUCACAUUGUAAUUGGAUUCGUAAUGCUAACCGAACGUUGUAUAACACAUGAAAUGCCUGAGUUAUCCAGCAUUAACUUAACCAAACAUCAAGCCCUAAAAGCGAACUAAACCAAAGACAAAGUAACCGCAAAACCAAACCAAACAAGCUAAAUAAUCGCCCAGACUAAACUAAACUAAACUCCAAACAACUUAAACUUUGUUUAACCAGAAUAUUGCGCAAGUACUUUGUUCGAAACAGCCCGGUUCAAAUUCCUCGAAUCGGGGACAGCGGUCUGUGGUCUGCUUCCUAGUCAGUCAAAGGCUCACACUUAGACUUCACCUUAACUCAAGCUCAAGCUCAAGUCAAAGUCCUCUCGCUCCAUUUCCGAAAGACAAUAACCUCCUUAGAGAUUGUUCAACAAUAUGCUGGUGUAAUAUUUCUGGUUAGACGUUCAGUACUUGAAUUUAUUUGGCCGACAACAAACUGUAAAGAAAUAAUCAAAACCGAAAAUGGAAAAAUGUUUUUUGUCAUUCUCAUACGUAGCUUGCAAAAAACAAAACAAGAAACCAUCUAGAAAACAUCACAGAAAAAAGGCAAAAUAGAUUUUCAAGUAUUGUGCAUGAGAAAUCAAAUCCCUCUUACUAAACAAAAGACUAAAUAAAACCGCAUAAAAAUAAUACCAAAUGCAAAAAAAAUAUUUAACCUAAAUCCCCACCUCAUCCCACAACUAAAAGUCGUGUGUCCCAGCAAGGUGCCAAAAGUACAUUUACUUUUGCUGGGCACCACAUACCACCACCCCCAUUCCAUAUACACACACAAAACACUUCACAGCAAACACAAUUAAAUUAAAUGUUAAAAGUACUUAAAUAGAAAAUCCAUCCCAUUUUAAUAUAAGCUACAGCUAAAUACAUUAUACUAAAUCGAAAACUUGGCUAGACUAGCUAAGCGAACCCAUCAAGUUAAUAUUAAACCAAUGCACCACAGAUAUUUUCUGUACCACAAAUGGAUUACCGAAUAUCGAUCGUCUCAUCUAAGCAUUUAAAACUAUCAAAAAACACGACACAUCAUGACAUACGCAAUCAAAACCAAAGUAUUAUAAAGUAUUCAAGAGUCUAACUUAAUUGAGAGUCUGAUGAAUAUUCCUUGAGAUAGUUAUUUAGUUUUUAUACCCGUCACUCGGAGAGUAAGAGGAAAAGAAAAGAACACGUUUACUAUGUAUUCCUAUAUUAUAUAUAUAUUCUUGAUCAGGAUCAAAAGCCGAGUCGUUCUAGCCAUGUCCGUCCUUAUUAUGAACGUUGAUAUCUUGAGUUGAGAUCUAUUAAAGCAAGUUAUUUGGAAUUUGGCAUGCAGAUUCCUGCGCAGCGUAAAUUUGUUCAUAUGCCGCCUAUAUGCCGCUGCUCGACCGCUGCUCUGCCGGUAAUCGCUGAUGAAGAGAGACAGAACAAAAGAACUGUUAACAAGGGUUGGGGGUGCUGCACUCUAUUAGCUUCAAGUGUUGGCCAUGCUGUUCGACAGAUGCCGCCACCGAAAGUCCGAUAGUUUUGUGGGGAAAUAUUAGUUUGAAAUUUGUUAGCUGAGUAACGGGUAUCUAAUAGACGGGUAACUCGACUUAACCGUUCUUUCAUGUUUCUUUUGAAUUUAAGGAGAUUUGUCCGAAACUUUUCCAAUUUCUAUAAACUGAACAUAUUAAGACGCUAAUACAAUAUCUCAAGAAGAAACUUUUAAUAAAGCUCAGACUGGAAAUCUUUCAAAUACUAAAUUAAGCAGAUAUCUUGGAAGAAUCAUCCGAACAUUUUAUAAUCCUAAAUGAAAAUACUUUAAAGAACCUGAACAAAAUUACAUUCAAAUCGCUUUCACUAAAUGUUAGUCGACAUGUACAACUAGUUAGUCUAGUGACUAUUGAAUGACUGUGUGUGUGCCUAUUUAAACAAAACAAGAGUGGAACGACGUUGAACUGGUAUUUAUGCCCAUAACCAUGCAUUCAUCAUACGCCCCGUAAGCCGUUGCGAAAACAUUUCAGCCACAUGGCCAGCAAUAAUUGCGAAGGGAGUACGAAUCAUAAAUGUUUUUGGUUUCCUAACGAGUGUUAGAUGCACGCAUUGCAGUCAUUUACCCAUCGAAGUGCCUUGAAUAAUUGCCAUUUCAUUUCCCAUUUCUCAUAUCGCAAUUUCGCCAUUUUCCAUUUGGUUCGCUUUUAAAAUGUCCGCUUCAGCGAGAGUGUGUGUGUGUGCGUACGAGUGUGUGCGUACGAGUGUGUGCGUGUAUGCUUUGCAAUCACCAAAGUAAUCAAUUGUUAUCGGUGUGUGCUAUAUAUCGUUCAUUUUAGCUAUUUGUUCACUGUGUUCCUUAACAAUAAUAAAUAAUAAUAAGCUCAUGUUUCUCGGUUCUUGCUCGGUGUCCAGUUAUAAUCAUCUCUAUAUACCCAAUCCUACUGUUGUGUUUACUAACCCAUAACUAUAUAUCUGUGUUUAACCGUCUAACUAUCCACAUAUAUGCCUAUAUAUUUAUAUCCCAAUAUAUAUUUAACCGUCUGUGUGUGUGCGUGUGCAUUGAUGUGUCAAUAGCCAGGCAUCGAGGAAUCAUUUGCCAUACCCAUUAGGUCUGCCUAAGUUAGCCUAAGUAGCCGUGUAAGCUCCAACCGAAACAUUGCAUGCCCACAUCCCCGCCAGAAAUCUCAGGUUAGUCAUAAGACCGCAAACCCAAAGUCAAACCCAUCUAAUGAAGCAGCUGUGGCUGCAGCUGACCUGCUACAUUGUUCAAAAGACAAACGACCUCAAAGGAAGCACUCUAUUUCUCUAAAAUUUAUUUGUCAUCCAGCGUUUUUCUGCCAACGGAAUUAUCUCACAGAUGCACAUACUAUGCACGGCAAGCCAAAAAAGUUUACAUGUCCACCAAACAGUUGCCGGCGCCUAGGCAAAAACUUCAUUAUGAUAUUUACAUUUUUUUCCUAACUUUUGUGAGCUGCCUUCGACGAAUGCGAUUGGACCACCGCCGAAUCCUUUUUGCUGAAUGGGCGAAAAAAAGAGAGUGAGCCAAACAAAUCCGUGUCCACCCGGUGGGGGGCUUAAACAUUUUAAGCCAUAACUUAAAUGUCAGAAUUUGUUGCCACAUUCCCAACACGGCCAUUGCCAGGUGCCGACUAAAAACAACUUAAAUGCCACACGUCCCAAGGCACAAAAACUGAAACUAAAACCGAGACGAGCAUAAAAAGCAUAAAAGCCGGACCCACACGCAUUUAGUACGGCUCAAACUUGGCUCGCAAAUGAGGACAAACUACGGCGGAGACUUCGGGGCCGGAUACAAAUGCACCUGGCGGAGUGUCAACUCUGCGGAUGGUGAACUGCGAACUGCGAAAUGCGGGGUGCAGGUGCAUUUGCAGAAGUAAUUGCAAUUUAUAUUUGCCACUGCACUGCAGCUAACGGGCCGGGAGUAAGCUUAUUUAACCUAAUGGGGUCCCCAGUCACACACGGUUUACGGUUGAUUGACGCACGGGGCAUGUUCUCCGUUUUGUGGCGCCGGACCCCGUAAAUGGCAUUUACAUGUCACCCGAGAGUCGGGCAAACAAAAAAAAAAAAGCCUAAUGAAUCAAAACACGUACACGUUGCAGGUUUAAUUUCCAUGGCACGCAGCAUCCGACGUUGAUUUCGCAAGGAAAAGACCAAAAACCAAGACAAAGGACAAAGGACUAAGGACAAGGGCUAAGCGAGAAUGGCUGGAAAUAAAAAUCAUAUUGAUUAGCUGGGCAGUGGCAUAGUCAGGGGAAAUCACUGGAUGGCCCCCUUGGAGAAAGAGAAACCUUUCGGCUGUCAACUUUGUUUGCUAAUGAACUUCAACAGAGUUCAGAGUUCGUGUGCCGGCAAAAUAGCCAAGUCAAACAGCGACAGGCAGUUUGCAAAGGAUUCGAUUUGGUUUUGAGGCAAAACAACGGCCCCACAGACCUUUACUUUCGUUUAAUUUAUUAAUUCUUCUCCCCCGCACGACCCACAUUCGAACCUAAUUUGUAUGCGUCGCCAGCGGUGCUAAUGUGCGGCCAUCAUUUAGAUCAAUAGCGAGACAUUCGCAGACACGGAUACAGAUACAGACACGGAUACAGAUACAGAUACAAAAAAAAAAAAAUUCCAGAUGGAGAUACAUGGCCGCGGAGAUUGGCCUUGCCUCAUUAUGUAGCCUUUUUCGGCGAAUCAAUCGACUGCGUCUGCUUUUUGUAGCAUUUACUUAUGCUGAUUUCAGCCGCGGAUUGCGAUUCCUUUCACGGCUGCCUAAUUGAGAUGCCGGACCUUAAACCACCCGAUGCCAGCAAUGAAAAGCUUUCACUCUAAUUGCAACAUUAUCUGUGUUUUUCAAAGCAUCAGAAGUUUGGGAGUAAGCCGCAACUGAAGGCCCGAAACCGACCCAAAUGAAACUGACAGCGGUGUCGGCUUAGUGCCGUGCCUUUCCGUGCCCCAAAAGCGAAUCGGGUUGAGACCAACGUCAAUAUUAAUAAGGCCACGCAGAGAAAUCAGAAGCGAGGCCGAACAAAAAAAUAUAUACAGGCAAAUAUUUCACUUCUCGAAAUUAAAAUGAUUUUCAUUUGGGGCCAAAGUGAUGAAGGUUGCUCACGGCUCAAAAGGAUUGACGUGCCAAUUACGGGCGGAAGCUCGUAUGUGUUUUAACACGUUCACCCCAACAAGAUUGCUUGGCCAUAUCAAUUAACUGUAAUGCCGCACAAUACCUAUAGUAUAUAUACAUAGUAUAUACAGUAUAUAUUGUUUCCGAACAGACCGCAAUCGAAUCUCUUAAGCCCGAUUGGGCAGCAUCUGCGCUUCGUUUUCGGUUUCGGCUUGACCUGCCGCUAAUCAGCGCACAAAUUCCCCUUAAAUGCCGCAGCAGUCGCAUGUAAGCCCCGUCACGAGGGGAAACAUGCCCCAACGCCCCCGAAAUGGCUGUCAGCCCAUCAUGAAUCCCAUGUCAUUGCCUCUUUGUGGUGACCGAAAAAUGCAAAACAAAAUUGUCCACAAAAUGUUUACGCAACAUUCUCGGCACUCGAGUCGAAAUCAGAGCCGUAAUUGCAUUUUAUUGCAGCAUUCGAGGGCAGCAGCAAAGUCAAGAGGUACUCUCUCAUACAUAAUGCACGCAAAUAUGUAUUCUCUGAUGGGUUUAUAUAUGGCAUACUUUGGCCACAUUUUUGGAGUAUCUAUCUGCUGUGGUUCAUUUGCAUAUGCGCAUAUUGGUAGUGCCGCCAGACUGGAUGGUGGAUACAGGAAACGGGAUACUGGAUACUGGAUACAAAGAUAUGUAUGCAAAGAUAUUUGUAUUUGGGCAGCCGCAGAUUGCCAUUUCCGAGUGCUUUGUGUCGAGAGCGAGGCAAUAGAAAUUCCGUUUGGGUCGUCAAACGCUGGUUGAGAUCCAUUUCAGUGACCACUAGGGCCAAGAUAAACUUCACCGAGAUACGUUAAGCAGAGCAUCCACAAAUAAAAUGAAAUAAGUUUUAAGUAAACCAAUAGAUACCUAUGUAAGUCUGCCCCCCAAGUAGAGUUUGAGUACCAACAGGCUAAGACACACAACCAGAACAACAACCCGAACACAAAAUCCCCCUAUGAUUCCCAGUAUAGUUACUUUCCCAGAGAAAUCCCAGCUCUAGAUCCCUAGAGCACUGUCCAAAAACAAAAAACAUUUUUAAGUAGUUAUGAAAAAAGACAAAAAUGACAAAUCAAAGCGCAAGUCACAAAUAAACAGAAAAAUAAUCGAUCAAAGGAAAAGCAAACUAUAACAGACAAAGAAACCAAAGAAAUGAUAACCCAUGAAUCAAAGAGAUUUGUAACUUGAUAAGCGAAUAACAACCAAUCGAUCGAGACAAUAAUCCAUUAAAACAAAUUGUACAAUAAUCUAGCGCGGAUGAGGGAUUCGAUGGCACGUAUCACACCAACAUUGUGGUCAAACAUAACGGCAGUUGUCUGUACGUGCCCCCUGGUAUCUUCAAGAGCACAUGCAAGAUAGACAUCACGUGGUUCCCAUUUGAUGACCAACAUUGCGAAAUGAAAUUCGGUAGUUGGACUUACGAUGGAAAUCAGCCAUGCCGGGAAAGAAGAAUACGAUAGUCUACGCCUGCUGCCCAGAACCAUAUGUCGAUAUCACCUUUACUAUACAAAUACGUCGCCGUACAUUAUAUUAUUUUUUCAAUUUAAUCGUGCCAUGUGUGCUAAUCUCAUCGAUGGCCCUUUUGGGUUUCACAUUGCCGCCGGACUCGGGCGAGAAGCUGACGCUGGGAGUUACAAUUCUUCUAUCGCUCACAGUGUUUCUCAACCUUGUAGCUGAGACAUUGCCCCAAGUAUCUGAUGCAAUCCCCUUGUUAGGCACCUACUUCAACUGCAUCAUGUUCAUGGUCGCAUCGUCGGUGGUGCUGACAGUAGUGGUGCUCAACUAUCACCAUCGCACAGCGGACAUCCACGAGAUGCCACCGUGGAUCAAAUCCGUUUUCCUACAAUGGCUGCCCUGGAUCUUGCGGAUGGGUCGACCCGGCCGCAAGAUCACACGCAAAACAAUACUAUUAAGCAAUCGCAUGAAGGAGCUGGAGCUGAAGGAGCGCUCCUCCAAGUCCCUGCUGGCCAAUGUCCUCGACAUCGACGACGACUUUCGGCACACAAUAUCGGGCUCCCAAACGGCCAUCGGUUCCUCGGCUAGCUUUGGCCGGCCAACAACGGUGGAGGAACACCACACGGCCAUCGGCUGCAAUCACAAAGAUCUUACCCUAAUUCUCAAAGAAUUGCAAUUUAUUACGGCGCGCAUGCGCAAAGCUGACGACGAAGCGGAAUUGAUUGGCGAUUGGAAGUUCGCGGCAAUGGUUGUGGAUAGAUUUUGUUUAAUUGUUUUCACGCUCUUCACGAUUAUUGCAACGGUUACCGUGCUGCUCUCGGCUCCGCACAUAAUCGUGCAAUAAGGACGCUGGAAUUAGACAAUUAAGCUACGGAUAUGGAAUCGCCUAGUUAAGUUCUUUUUCAAAAACCAAAAACUAGCAAAGCUGCUGCGAAAAAAAGCAAACAAAAAAAAUACAACAAAAAUAAUGCAAA